CAUUUUUUUGGAGUAAAUUUUGGCAUCGACCAAAACAGCUGUGUUGUUUGGUUGCGAACAAAUUUUUCGUACAUUUGGGCCGAUCUUACUUGCCAACUUUGCGAGACGAUCAACUUCGACUUUGGUAUUAUAUUUCAUUACGUGCGUUAGAAUACAACACGAUGUUACUCGCUAUUUUCUUCGUUUUCUUCAUAACAUUGGCAAAGCUCCAUUCUGGAGACGGUAUAGAACGAUAUAGGUCAUUUUCCGGUGGCCGAUUUCCCAAUCUUUCAUCGGUAUCAGCUCCACCGCCGUCUGCACCGUCACCAGUACCACAAAGUAGGCUGACUCCAUCUCCAAGUGGUAGAUUCAGUGCCUACGCUCCACAGCAACCAGCUCCUCCAGUACGUGGUCGUCCAUCUCCGUACGAUGAUCCAUCAUUUGCACCCCAAUCAAGCGGCCGAUUCGGAAAUAGCAACGUGUCCGCACAAAGUCGUAAACCUAACUACAGUUCGUCAGGAAUGUCUCCAACCGAAAAUUCAAACUUGAUGAACGGGGGGAAUGGGGGGCGACGCUCAGUGAUGAUCCGUGUAGAUCAAAACGGUAACCCAUUGGAUGAAAUUCCAGAAGGUUUCGAAUUUCGUAGAGGAGGUCCUGUUAUGACAGAAUCUGAAUACCAAAAACAGCAGAAGAGACGAGAAGAAGAAGCUGAUCCAGAUUCCCGUAAGAUCAACACCGGAGGCGAAACGAUCCUGAAGCGGCUACCUGAAAACUACGGUGAAAUCAGUAUUAAAAUCUCUGGCACUAAUAUCACCCAAAGGAAAAUGAAUCAAUUACGAAAAUUGCUGGAAGAAUCUACAGAUUUUGUUUUUGGACAUCCCGAAUUUAUAACUGGGAUCAUGAACAGAUUUGUGUGAAUGCCCACUCCAAAAUACAAAUAAGGACUGUUCAAAAUAGUACACAUCCAUAUCGAGUAUAACUAGGUACCUACCUACAAUUUUUUUAGCAAGAAUUCGAGAAAUUGCUUACAUAUGUAUAUAACUGUUAUUUACCGUCUAUAGUUCAAUAAAUGAUCCACAUAGCAAACAGGGUCAAAUAAUUUGUAAUAAUGGAGUUGUCAGUCACUGAAUUCAUCUUCAGUCAACAAAUUUUGACCCACCAAAGUUUGUUUUUCGAUAGAAAGUGAAUUUUCGAAAAUUCAUUUUUUAAGAAAGGAGUGCCUAAAAAAAAUAAGCCUCAAAAAUUGCUCAAAAUGUAUACAAAAGAAGUUUUGGAAAUGGAUCAAAUAUUAAUACAUAGGUAGGUACCUAUCUUUUUUUAUGUUGAUAAAAGAACAACAAGCGAGGUCCGGGGGACCUGGAAAGAGGGUUCCCCAGAUUUGAUAAAAAUAUCCUCUUUUUUCGAGAAUUUUCUAUGUAUGUAGGUAACCAAAGUGAUUAAUUUUUGCUAUGUAUUUCUCUGUUCUGUUUUACACUACACUGAAAUGAAAUAAAUCCAAAUCCAAAAUCGUUAAUAAGAUUUUUUCCAAAAUUGAAAAUUCAAAUAUUCAAAAAUUCGAAAGCAAAAAUUAAAAAAUCAAUAUUCGAUUCGGACAUCGAGUUUUUUGGUUAUAGGGUACACUAGUUUUAUUAAAAUAUUGGAUCAAAUAAAUUUGAGCAUUCAACAUACACGAAGCAUUAAUAAUAAAUUAUAAGUACUUACUGAUAAUAAAAAAUAACAAGGAAAUUUUCCUUCAUUUCAAACACUUUUAUCAUUCAGUUUAAUUUGAAAUAAAGGUGUCUUAUGUGUAGCGUAAUACGCAACACAUCACAUAAGACACCUUUCUAAAUAACGUGGCGCACUGAUUUAUUGAAAGCGAUUUUGGGAGAACUCUAAAAAAUUCCAUGACUUUGAUGAUUUUUGAAAAAUAAUCACUGAAGAAAAUUAUUUCUGAUUUGAAUCAAGCGAGAACGAUUUUGAAAAUAGGUGCCUAAAUCGAUCAACGAUGACUUUGAGUUAGCAUGCACUUGGACUUAAUUAUAGCCCUUUUUAUGUCAAUUUUUUCAAAAUUAAAAAAUCCCUAGAUUUUCUGGAUGUUUCAGAAUGCCUCAAUGGCACCAAUAAUUGUUCAAAGAGGUCAAAAAUGAGGUGUAGACAAGAAUUCAGUCUUCUUCCUCUCAAUUUGAUCAGAAAUUGCUUCAUAGGGGCAUUUGGGCUAUUCUGUGUCAAAUCCCUUUGGUUUUGGGUUAAGGUGCUCCAAUUUUACUCAAAAUUUCUUUGUCGGAUUUUCAGUUUUCACACAUUGGAUAAGAAAGAAAAUCAUUAUCAUUGAACAACAGCUCUUUUUUGAGAGGGAGGGGUGUUUUUUUUAUGACUUGAAACUCAUUUAUCAUAAUGCCCAACUAUGGAGUUUCAAUUGCUUGGGAUUGCUUCAACAGAGUAGGUAAGGGUUUUUAAAGAAUGAUUGAGAAGGACUUUCAAAAUAUUCUCUGAAAAUCUCGAAUGUUCGAUAUUGAGCUUUUUCGCUUGGACAAUUUUGAAACGUAAGUAUGCGAAAUUUCAGAGCUAAAAUUUGUAAAAAAAAGUCCCAAUAACAAUUUUUUUGAUAUUUUCAACUACCCAAGAACUUUUUCUGAAGGGAUUCGCAAAACCAAAGGUAUAGUGCGUAUGGAGCCUCAAAAUUUCGGUAAAAAUGUAAUAAUCACACGCCUUUUCCAAUUUUCAAAAAAUUUGGAGCAUCAAAGUAACGAUAGCGUUGGAGGGCCGGUUUGAAUCAAAAUAAUAAUUAAUGUUUGCACUCAGCGCUCUCUGAAACGUAUCAAACGAUAAAUCACAGAAUAUUCAUUUUUUUUUUGUAUUUCGACCAAAAUUAUGGGGCCCUGUACCUUCCACCACCAUGGUUUUUCAAACCCAAUUACGAAAAUUUCACCGUUUAGGCUUCCUGGAUUUUUUCAAAUUUUUGAAACGUGUUUAGAUCCAAAAUUUGGCAAACUUUUGAAAACUGAGCUCUCAAAAAAACUCGAAUUUGAGCUUUUAAAAUUUUUGGAAAAUAUUUUUGAAACCGGCCACUUUCAAUUACUUUUAAAUUUAUGCAAACGAAUCAUCUCCAAGUAGCCGUGGUCUCUAGUUAUUAAACUACGAUGUUGAGAUUUAAGACAAAUAAUUUCAAUAGCUGAAAUAGUCCCAUCUGCCCGAAGGAGGGUUGGGAAGUGUUAGGCGCGAAUUACGUGCGUGUAAAUAAAUAAAAUAUUUUUAAUCGCGAAUAUGCGAUCAUUUAAAAUAAAAUAAUAUUUUAAUCGCGAAUAACGCGAUCUUUUAACGUAAAAUAAAAUAAAUAGAAUAGAAUAGCGCGGAUGACGCGAACGUUAGUAUAGCUAUUACUGUAACGCGGAGACGCGAUGUUUAGUGUUAAAAUAAGGGUAGUUUACUACUCUUAGAUAACUUAUGUAACUGUUUGAAUAUAACCUAAGAAGAGGCUGUGUAGCAGCAUCUUCUUCCGAUCAAAUAAACGGAUUUUAAAACCUGUUUAUUGCCUUGUAUUUUUGGAGGUAGUCUUGGCUGCGUUUCGCGCUGGCUACGUUUUACCAAGGUGGUUGGAGAAGAUUCCCAUCUCUCUCUUAAUGUUGUGUUCUCUCUCUUACUUUGUUCUUAACCCUCCUUUACCCCUUAGACCAUACGUUCGUGGCUGCUUCUAGCGCUGACAAACAGACAGUCUAAGGGUAUGUUUGGCUGCCUAUUUUGGCGCCGAAUUAACUCUCAUUUCCUAUACGUAUAUGUACGUACUGGGUCUUGGCUGCCUUUGGCGCUGACCUGUGUUUUUGUACAUAUACGUAGUGGGUCUUGGCUGCCUUUGGUAUCCAUUGGCGCUGACCUUUGUCUCU